AUGUCGCUUGCCCUGCGUUAUAGAGACCUACCUGGCGAUUUACCAGAAAGCCCGGCGGACUGGAGUACAGACUCUUCGAUGAACAAUGCCACUGUUUUCUCUUGCGACGCACCUCAAACCGAUGAAUGUGGUUCAGGAACUAUCACACCCCUGGAUUUGAGUGAAGCAUCAUGGCAGAAUUGGAUGUGUGGCUCAGACUUUAUGUCACCUUUAACUCCUACGGAUGGCGUCGAUCUCAACAUGGACGACCUCUUUGGCUACAUGGGUCCGACCCCAACGCCUACUCUUCCUGACCCUGAGGUUAGCGAUUUCGCUAUAACUCAAUUUCAUAACUCGUAUUUUGACACCGUUCAUCAAAUGCUACCGAUGAUCAACCAAAGCAGGUUUGUAAUUGUAAACAACACGAGUAAACCCGAGCUCAACGCCCUGAAAUAUGCUGUGGCCAUGGCUGGAGCCACAGCUCAUGAAGAUGGCAUUGAAGCAGCCGAGCUCUGCUACAACCUCGCACGCAGUAAUCUGGAGCAAGCGGAAAGGGGCGACAAUGACGAGCCGUUCAUGACGAUAGCCGCAGUGCAGAGUCUUGUUCUCAUAGUAUACUACGAGUUGAAAAAGAAGACUUUUACAAGGACGUGGAUGAGCGUUGGCCGCUGCAUGAGAUUAGCAAAAGCUCUUGGAUUGGAUCACAUGGAUCGCGACACCGAACUCGACGACACACCUAAGUCGAUUUUAGCUACUUGCGAUCUUGCCUCUACGAGUGACCUGACAGAACUAGAAGAGCGGCGAAACACCUUUUGGUGUGCAUACAUUAUUGAUUCCUAUACAACUACAUUUCUACCAAUCGGAUCUUCCGAAGACAUGCAGGACUCACGACUGCGAGUGCGUGAUGUCACCAUAGAGCUGACGUGUUUUGAGGACCUGACGCCCUUCCGUGGCCUUGCCAUAUCCGCGGCGCUUGCAAGCUUGGAGUCGAUACAUCGUCAGGCGGCACAAAACCCAAACUCGCCACGCAAUAAUGCUAUAAAUAGCUCAUAUCCCUUCUGGAACGAACAUUUCCGCUUGUCUCAGAUCAUAUCAAGCGUUUCGAACGAGCUAGUAACCCCGGACCCAGAAAUGAAGUCCACCCCAGACGUGCGGAUGCUGUUUCUGGUCAUCAACGUUCAUGCAAUCACUAUUAGACUGCAUGAGCUGGCUAUUGAGCGAUCUGAAUGGGACGGCGAGAGAAUAGUACCAAUGGCAUUGUUCUCGGAGAGCCAUAGUUGCGUGUAUCGGGCGGCAAUGGCCGUGGUAUCCACAUUGCGCGCAGCCAAGUUGCUGGACAGCAAAUCAACGGUGAUUUUCCGACAAAUGAGCGCAUUCGCUAUGUUGGCGCUUUCUGGAGUCGCAAAGGUUCUCACACGGACCCUUACACUCUCACGAGAUCCUGCUAUAGCACAGGAAACCAUCAAUGGGCUUCACGUGCUAGAAUCCGUUAUUCUGGAGCUAUAUGGAGACUGCGCACCCUUUGGAACGCUUCUCAAAGAAGUAGGAGCGCAAUUAGCUAUGUACACAUAA